AUGGCUUUACUCAAAUCUUUGUUUACUGCUCCGGAAGUCAAUCCGAUCAAUAAAAAGGCCCGGACAAUCCCAUUCCUUAACCCAGUUGAUAAAUAUGGCCGAACACUUUGGUUUAGUACUUUCGGCUUCAUGAUAGCAUUCCUUUCAUGGUAUGCCUUCUCGCCGUUACUAUCCGUCAGCAUCAAAAAGGACCUACAUCUAUCACCCGCCGAAGUCGCGAACUCAAAUGUAUUGGCGUUGACCGCCACUCUACUCGUCCGCCUAGUCGUUGGCCCUCUCUGCGAUAAGUUUGGUCCUCGAUAUGUCUUCGUUGGGACCCUUCUCGUUGGCGCUAUCCCUACCUUUUUAGCCGGUACCGUACAGAACGCCACUGGACUUAUGGCUAUUCGAUUUUUCAUUGGUAUUCUCGGUGGUGCCUUCGUUCCCUGUCAAGUUUGGUCCACCGGCUUCUUCGAUAAGAACGUCGUCGGGGCUGCAAACGCAGUCACAGCUGGCAUUGGCAAUGCUGGCGGUGGUAUUACUUACUUUGUAAUGCCAGCUAUAUAUGACUCAUUUGUUCAUGAUCGUGGUCUUUCCUCCCACGUUGCUUGGAGAGUUUCUUACAUUGUCCCUGGUAUCCUCAUUGUGGCAAUGGCUCUCGCAAUUCUAGCCUUGGGAGAAGAUACACCUAACGGCCCAUGGAGGAACCGUGGUAUCGUUAAUGGCGUCGAUACCACUGGAGAGGGUGAAGGGGUGGUUGUUGAUGCUAUCGAACCCUCGGUUGCAGCGCAGGCCAGUCGACAGAGUUCUAUUUCUAAAGAAAAGAAGGGAGAUAUCGAAGUUGCUUCAGACCCACAACUUGAUGCUGUGGCUGUCGCCUCCCAUGAGGUCAUCCAAAAACCAUCACUUCGAGAAGCAGCUCCGGUCGUCCUGUCCCUUGAAACACUCAAUCUUUGCUUUGGUUACUUUAACAGUUUUGGUGCAGAGUUGGCUAUCAAUUCUAUCCUCGGCGCCUACUAUCUUAAGAACUUCCCAGAACUCGGCCAAACUGGUGCAGCAAACUGGGCCGCCAUGUUUGGUCUUCUUAAUGUCGUCACUCGUCCCCUUGGCGGCUUCGUUUCUGACGCUCUUUACAAGAGAUGGCCCUCGCUCUGGGUCAAGAAAUUGUUCAACACCGGUCUCAAUGUUCUCGCUGGUGUGUUUGCUAUUACAAUUGGUGUUCUUGAUCCUCACCACCGCCCUACGCUAGUGGGGCUUGUUGCCCUUCUCGCCAUCCCAAUGGAAAUGGGCAACGGAUCUAACUUUUCUCUUGUACCACACGUCCACCCCCAUGCUAACGGUAUUUUAUCUGGAGUUGUUGGAGCAUUUGGAAAUCUGGGCGGUAUCGUAUUUGCAGUUAUCUUCCGAUAUAACGGAACGAACUACCCGAAGGUAUUCUGGAUCAUUGGCUCUGUUAUGAUCGGUAUGAACCUCGUUACUGCAUGGAUUAGGCCAAUUCCGAAGGGCCAAAUUGGGGGUCGAUAA